CACUCACCCACUCGUGCGGGUCGUGGAGAUAGAUCGAACUGGCGUUGCUUCAAUCUUGGAUGGCGAUGCCGCCGAGCCGCAUAAGACUUCCAGACGAUUCCCACACCACAAAGCCAAAACCAGUUAAGUCAGUCAGUCUGCCAUCACCUGCGACACUGGCAACUGGACUCAGUCAGGAGGAUCCUAUUCCGGGCGUGCGUGUUGUAUGCUCUGUCUUGUCGCGCAUUUGCUUACCGUCUUUUGUGUUGGUUUGGCCUCAUCUUUUAUAACGGAAGAGUUUGCGGAUUUCAAGUGUCGAAUUCGACGGUUGCAAGGUUCGGAAAUCCGAAUCUGAGAUUGGCGUCCGGUGCUGUAGUUGCGGCGCUUACAGAUUCAGCUCCGACGCGGUGGAGCGUGUGAACGCAGUGUUGUGUAAAGUCAGGAGAGACUGACGUUCAGCCCCGUCCACUUUUGGUGGUGGUGGCGGCCUAUUGAGGAGAGAUCAUUUUAAGUCUGGCGGGCCUGGAAUCGUGUGAGCAGACCGGGAGUAAUUAGAUCAGCGAUGUGUUAGUCGCAUUCUCUGUAGCUCUGGAGCUGAAGUUUGCAGCGGAGGUUCAUACAGAUUUAGUUGUGAGGAUGAGAGAGCGUUCUGUGGUUGUGAAGUUGCCGACAAGAAUCUAAGAGAUGAGAGAAAUCGGUGUAAAGAGACAGUGAGAGGUUUAUCGUUGGGUUAAACUGGUAGUGCGGACUUUCGCUAUCACUGCACUUUGUUACUUUGCUCGAUUUCUUUAACGUUGGAUUCGAUUCAUACAUCUCGAUCAACAAACAUGCGCCUCCCCAUCCCGGAUCGGGUAGAGCAGUACCGCAUUUAUGUGACUCUUCGAAGAGAUCUUGCAGUAGGAAUGUUUGCCUACAUACAGGAAUAAUCAGCCUCUUUGAAGUUUGGUUUGUAGUAAAAGGUGAUCUGCAAAGAGGUUGGUGUAGAUCAGCUCUGAGGGCGUUGAGGGACAGUCUCGCACGUUACUUGUGCCGUGUAUUCCCUCCUUUUCUACAGAUGCUCAAGUGCUAGGUGUAGGUGAAAAUCUUCACGUAGAACUGGAGUUCCUGGCUCAGAUCCAUGCCUACAGAUCUCCUUUCUGACCAAAGAAGAGAGAGAGGUCCGCAGGUGGUGAAUUCAUUAGCAGUCGGCUGCGCAUUGAAGCAUCAAUUAUGGCUGGGAUGUUCCUCCAGUGCAAAUUUAAACUGCAUCGCAAGGGGAAGAGUUCUCUGGAACCUCGAAACUCCGCAAUUAGAGGUGGAAUUCGAGGACGUUUGUGUGCGCCAUGGAGUGAAGCUGACACAGCGUCUGUUGACUCCGAAGAUCGGGAGGAUGCAGACCUUGUUCACCUCGACGGUGUUUUGUCAUUCAACCUUGAAGCAUUGAUGCGUGCCUCGGCGUAUGUGUUGGGUAAGAGUGGAGUGGGGAUUGUCUACAAAGCAGUGAUGGACGGUGGGAUCAUUGUAGCUGUUCGAAGGUUGGGCGAGGGUGGCGAGCAGAAAUGCAAGGAAUUCGAGGAUUUAGUGCGCGUAAUACACCACAUGAAGCACCCACAUGUCGUGCGUCUGCAUUCAUAUUAUUGGGCUCCCGACGAAAAGUUGCUCAUCUAUGACUAUCUUUCCAAUGGUAGCUUGGAGACAGCUCUUCAUGGGAGGACAGAGGGUCCACUUCCAUGGGACUCACGUCUUCGCAUAUGCAAGGGAGCAGCUCUUGGCAUUGCGUACAUACAUGAAUGCAGCCCACGGAAGCAUGUCCAUGGUGACAUUAAGCCGAACAACAUUCUUUUAGACAACAACUGGGAUGCCCGCAUUUCUGAUUUCGGUUUGCAACGACUGUUGAGCCUAGUGGGUGCUGUAUCUGGCAAGGAGGUUGAAGUCAAAAAAGGUGAUUCUCAAAGAGGCUCUUCAGUGUCGCCUGCUCCGAUCGUUCCCCCAGCAGGUGAUUCUGUGUCGAAAUUCGCGGAUACUCUUCAAAACUUGAAUCCAAGCGGGACGUUUGCAGAAUUAGGAAGAAAAAUAUCGAGAAGAAGAUCAACAACCAGUCAAAGUACCGAUACGGCGGCUACGCCACAUUUGCUAGGACUGUACCAAGCACCAGAGACAGCAACAGCGAAAAAGCCUAACCAGAAGAGUGAUGUCUAUUCUUUUGGUGUAGUAUUGCUUGAAGUUCUUACGGGAAGGUCACCAUUCGCUCAGCUGGCUGCCGGAGAGCUAGAUCUUGUCACAUGGACGCGGCUAGGUCUCCAGGAAAAGAGACCGCACAGUGAUAUUUUUGAUCCUUACCUGGUAAAAAGCACCACAGAUGAGAGUGAGAUGAUUGAAACACUCCAGGUCGCCUUGGCGUGCACUGCGGUAAACCCCGAUUCACGGCCCAAGAUGCGGCAUGUGGCGAAUUUCUUUGAGCAACUUUGAGUGACCGUGGUUACUUUUAUAUAAUCGGCAUACCAUCAUCUUUUUUAAGUCAUCAAGUAAAGGUGAUCUCAACAUGGUCCCACAGAUAUCUGCACGUGUAUUGGAUUACACCUUACGAUAAAUCAUUUGAAGAAUUACGAACUACUGAGGUUUUCCAGAACUGGAGCAAUUAAUGAUGAGCUGCGGGGAACUCGAGGAUACGGUCUUCGUAAGCUGCUGCUGAAUGGUAGUUUGCUGGACCCGAGGAAACAGUUUUGUACUCCCCGCUCAUGUAAGAAAGUUCCAGCACUCUCUGUGCCUUGCUCUAUGAAACGUCGCAUUGUUCGUUAUGCGGACCUUGACUUCUACAAAGAGAAACUGAGCUGCUAGAGAGUGUAAAAGGGUCCCUAAAGUUCAUCAACAAUACCUGUAAUCUCGUUAGCAUAGAGUAUACAUGUCCUAUCUGAUGAAGAUUAUUUCGACCAUGAUGAAAUAUUGUAUAUCUAUAUACAUUGUUCUCGAUGAUAGAUAGGCACCUGAGAGAGUAGAGUGCACAAGGAAGUAAAUUUGAGACCCUUCUGCAGAGGCUUAUUCGAACCAUCUAUUGCAGAUCUGAUCAGAGUGGCAUUUGAAAUGGGAAUCUCAAUUGGCUUGAGAAGUGAACAGAUUGACUUGUGAAUCGAAAUGAUACAGACUAUUUGAUGUCUAUUACUUAGCAAAUUGUUUCAUUGAA